AUGGUACAACAGAAUGUGAAACCACCUGGAAAACUCCAUGCGGCUUGCGAUGAGUGCCGCACACGAAAGUUGAAAUGUUCGGGCCAUACACCAAGAUGCGUCCGUUGUCAGAAAGAGAAGAUCGAGUGUGUUUACUCGCCACAGAAGCAGAUGGGUCGCCCUAGGAAGAGGAUGAGGGAGGACGAAGCGGACGAGCCUACGGAAAUACCUGCAGUAGUGCGAGACGAACAUGUCGACGUUUGGAAUGACUUCUCGGGAAUGCCAGACUUUACAGAUCUCGACAGCCUACUAUCACCGCCGCUUCUGCAAGAUGUGCAAUCAUCGGACGGUUCGGCAGGCAAUGAGAUUAUUACACCGCAACAUCACGACCUCAGCCUCCAUGAUCAGUUCCAAGUGCCAUCCGGGUGCAACGAUGCGUAUACUUUGGAUACAACCGUCGAUCCACUGUUAUGGAAUCUGGCGCCUAACAUUCAACCUGAUAUCCAGCCUAUUGGCUCUCACCAUACUUUCUCCGAUCAACCAACCACAGGGCAGUUGUCCGUAAUGAAAGCGGUAGUGGAACGCUUCAACAAAGUUCUGAUCGAAGUCGACCGCGAGGCGCUACGCCUAGAAGAGACGGGUCAAAAGAAACCAUAUCGAAUUGGCGACAACAACCCAGCUUUGCAGCAUCUACACACUGGCACCCUUGACUGCCCAAUGGGAUUCAAUAUUGAGAUCGAGGGGAAGGACUGGAAGAAAUUAGUCAAGACUGCGUUGAAGACUGAGGUCUAUGGCGGAGGAAGCAAUCCGCGACCAUUACUGGAUCUAGUAAAGGAGAGCGAGGCAAGACAAGAAAGCUGGCAUACUAAGAAUCACUCUUGGAGCGAUGAGAUGAAACAGUUACAUGCUGGAAGGCCUGAAUGUGAUAAUUCCGGGGCCUGUGAGGCAUUGGGAGCGCAGCACAUACGGAGAGCAAUCAACAACCUCAGAUGGGAUUGA